AUGCCUCUCUCUCUCUCUCUCUCUCUCUCUCUCUCUCUCUCUCUGUUUUAUAACUCUUAUAUUGCCUCACUUCGUUAUGUUUUCCCUCUUUUUUUCUUCGUUUCUAUAUACUUUAUUUUUUUUUCUUUUUCCAUCUUUCUCACUUUUGACAUUCUAUUUUGUUCCUCUUUUCUCUUCUUCCUCUCUCUCAUUUUUCUUUCUUUCUUUCUUUCUUUCUUUCUUUCGUUCGUUCUUUCUUUCUUUCUUUCUUUCUUUCUUUCUUUCUUCUUCCGCGAUCUUCUUUCUUUCUUUCUUUCUUUCUUUCUUUCUUUCUUUCUUUCUUCUGCGCUCUUUUUUUAUUUUAGUUUAAUUCUUUCUUUCUUUAAUCUUUAUAACUCUUUCUUUAUAAUUCUUUCUUUCUUUAAUCUUUAUAAUUCUGUUACAACUGUCUUUCGCCUUCUUCUCUGUAACACUAAGAUUAUAUCUGAUCGUCUCUCUUGA